UGCUCCGAGUGGUAAUCGUGGCGAAGAUGACAGAGACGAAAGACUAUGUCUUUGCCCAGGCACAUGUCGAGCUUCUAAUGGCCCAUGGUACUGAGGAAUCCGUUGCAAUGCUGAUGAAGUUGACGCGGAAGAAUGGUGGACAGGUAAUCGCGCACCAAGACUCGGCUCUCGUGGAGCAGCCCUCAUUGGGUCGCGACUUCCCGAUGCCUCAUGUCCCUGAUACGAUCGGUCACGCUCAGCGCUCGUUGUCGGAAGGGUGUGGCUUCUGUAUGGUGGUGCGGCAGACAUGCUAUGGAUUGAGUCGUACUGACCUUCGGGUGGUAUUCCCGGCGGAUCAUCCGUGUAUAAAGUUUUAUCUUCGUAUUCCGGACGAGGGACUAUUUCACAAUUGAUUGAUUCAAAACGCAAAGUCAGCUUCCAGACAAUGAACAUACUCACUAUUCGGAUAUAGCGAAGAAUACCGUGGGAGGGACGUGGAGGACAAGCUUCGCGGCGGCAGCGGAAGAGAUGGGAGCUCUUCGCGGAAAGAUCCAUCGCUCGGAGAAGGAAGCGUACGCCGAAUGUCUACCUCGUCCGACGACGGCUUGUCUUGAAGAUACUUAUGAAGGGAUUCCGGCAAUGAGCUGCGAGGCUGCGAUGGAUCAUCUGGGCUGUCUCGGAGGGAGGCAUGGGAGGAUCGCGGCUGCUGACCGCUCAUCGCUUAAGCCGUGCGAGAGAAGUCGGUAGCGGGGGCGACUAGGCGGUCGGGAGUAGAGAGGAUGGGCGGAAGCUACAGCGCCAACUGAAUCCAGCGGUGGAUGCAAAUUUAACGAGCCCGGGUUCGGAAAAAAGACACUGAAAAAAGGUGGCGGUGGAUUGGCAGCGGCCUAGGGCCACCAGGUGACCACUCGAGGUCGUUCCAAGUAGCCGCAGUUUGCGACUCAAUCCACCAGGGCGAAUCCCGAGAUCGCGCAAGAAAAAGGAGGCAAAAGAGGAGAUGGACGUGGCGAGAGCCGGACGAAUGGAUGGACGGACUCCUGUGACAGAACGUAUCGUUCGGGUGCCCGGGCUGUUGUGCAACCUGUUCAUAAGGUUUGCUUCCGUUGAGCUGACAUUGGCUGCCUGCUUAGUGUGAGCCCCCCUCGUGUCAGCCGCGUUCAAACAACAUCGAUUAAAAUGUGAUUCAAGCGUCUGGACGAAGAAUAUUCCCGAGCUUCAGGUGUGGACGAUGCAGAUCGUCCUCCAUGGAGACAGGCAGCGAAAUGGCGCGUUCGAGGCGACAACAGGACCGUCCGAAAUCGGUGUUAGUGUUCAGCUCACCCUUCCCCGCCACCAUCUCGUUGGGUCUGAACUGCCUUCUGCAGUAUCGAUCCUUUCUCCUUUUGUCUUCCCUUCGUGCAAAGUCAAAAAUUCUACUCUACGGGGCCGAGAGGAUCAACCCCCAGGAGAAGCGCCCGAGAUCAACGUGUAAUGCCAGCGCUUAUGUAUUUGUCGUCCUUCAAAGGACGGAUUGUACAUCGUACUUUUGUCGUGUAGAAUUCGCAAACAAAAAUCCGUU